AUGGACCUCACCGUAAGGCAUAUUGUUCGUAACAAUUCUCUAUGGUCACUGAUAUACAACAGGACCUUCGCCGAGUCUAUGAGCACUGUGUCAAGCAGAGAGAGGGCGAGGCCCUUGUUAAGCCAACAACAGAUUCUUUACAGAUUCUUCGAGCAGAUGAAUGGAAUGAUCUCCGUUGGCGAGCACCUCACACGCGACAACACCAUCCACUCUCAGAGCAUCGAACAUAUACGCAAGGCUUUCGAUCAGGUCUACCAAGCUUUUCUGAAUGAUUCCGACAAUGUGCCUCAGGUGACCCAGAACGUCACCAAGCCAGCAGAGACUGAAGACGAAGACACUGGAAACAAGAACGAGGAUAAAAACAAAGAUGCCGAAAGGUUCAAGAAAAGAAAACUCAGAAACGAAACAGAAUGUGCCCUUGAGAAGGCUCGCACCUGCCCCGUGACACCCACUGGUGANGAAGAUGAUGACUGGGCAACAAAGCUGCCCAGUUACAUGAGGCUCAUGAACGACCAAGUUACCAGUCCUACCUCGAAAGCUCUUCAAGAGCUCCUUCUCGCUAUCUGGUCUGAUACUGGUGUUAAGAGUGUUGUCGCCUUGGCCAACCACGCGUGUAAGAACCCUUCCGCUGUUCAUUGCACCUGGGCUCUCAACGCUGUUGGCAAGGAUCAAGAAUUCUCUGGCUACGAAGAUCUUACUGAAGCUAUCGCCCGCGUCCUCCACGUCCGCUCUGCUGUUGUCGCCAUGUCAGCAAUCGACUCUAUCAUCACGCAUGUCACCGCUGCCAGAAUACUUGAGGAGUUCAUCAACGAGCUCAACAGUCGUCAUGGUGAACUGUACGAGGCUUGUAACGCUGCCGUCAGUCAGAAGAUGCACCCUUAUGGCAGAAGAGAUCUCGGUGACUCAUACAAAGUCUUCCUCCUCAGAAAGGCUGUUCCGCAAGACAAGGCUGCCAUUGACCGCGCUCUCAAAGUCGGUAAAGUUCUUUCCUGGCUGGAGAAGUAUUUUGGAAGCGGUGUUUUUGCAAUGCUUCUUCAAAGCCCAUGGGAGCAGCUGGCGUUCAAAGCCUACGAUUUUACAGUCUCUGACACUUUGACGGAGCUGAGCGACGGAAGUCCCUCUCUGAGCAAGAUCACAGAGUGUGUGUACACAAAUGUGUGGCGUCACGUCACCGAUCUCAACCAGUUCGGCAAAGAUAUCCCCACACUCAACUACGAUAUAAUGUUGGAUGAGGAGAUUGAAGAAUCAUCAAUCUUGGAGCUGAUUUCCCCGGUUGAUUGA